GGUCCACCUGACACUACAUGUAUAAAAAAUAAUAAAUUCCAAAUCCAUUAUUUUAUCUGUUUUAGAAUAAAAAAGGAUAUUUUCCACGCAAAAGAUGUUCUUUUUCUAGUUUGAGUUUAACAAAAAGAAGAAACUUGUAGUUAUAAAAUUAAUAUAGAUAGAUAGAUACAGACACUCUCUUAUGGAUGAUCAUAUAAAGAUACAAUACAGUACAUAUGAAUGUUCAGUUUCCCUUACCUUUACUUUAUUUAUUUUUUAUUGGCCAUUAUAAUUGUUCCAGCCAAAGUGAGACUUAUUCAAAAGGGGUUGCUUUCAAAAGCUCAUCUCUCUCCCUCUCUCUCUCUCUCUCUCUCUCUGAAUCUGCUGAUCUCAUCACUACUUACCAUGUUUUACUCCAUCAAAAAAUCCUCAACAACACUCCAAAAACAAAAACCCACCUCCCCAAAACUGAAACAAACAAAAAAAUCUCUAUUGAUCUCUUUUUCUGGAAGUCGUAUUCGAAACUCAGAAAUAAUGUAUCCUACAAGUCCACAUCAUUGGAGAAAAAGAUUAUCAAUAAACAAACACGCUCUUCUUCUUUUGAUUCUCUGCCUCUUCUUCAUUCACCACUGCGACGCCUCGAGAUUCUCGUCAUCAAGCGUUUUCUACAGAAACCCUAAUUAUGAUCACAACAAUAACUCGAUGAGGAGAGGCCAUUUCUUAGGAUUCUUGCCAAGACACUUGCCAGUUCCAGCUUCUGCUCCUUCACGAAAACACAACGACGUUGGUAUUCAAGCCUUGUUGUCUCCAUGAUCACUCUCUCUCUCUCUCUCUCUCUCUCUCUCUCUCUCUCUCUCUCUCUCUCUCUCUCUCUUUCUCUGUCUAGAUAUAUAGUACUAUAUUUAUAAUUAAUGCAUGCACUCAUACACAAAGAGUACAAGACCAUUCAUCGAUCUCCGAUGUUUGCUUUGACAUGAAAUUAGGGUUUCAGAUGUUUGACCCCUUUAAUUGUUCCUCGAUAUUUAGAUUAUUUUUGGUUUGCAUGUAACCUAUUUUAGAGUAGAUGUGAGAGAUCUUGUGAUUAGGUUUGGGUUUUCUUAUUUUCUCACUCUUCUUCUUCUUUUUUUUUUUAUAUGUAAAUCAAGUUUACGAGAUGAGCUAUUAGAUGCAACAA